CGAGGUGCAAACGCGCGCGGGCUGCUCCGGCUCUGUCUGGCUCGCGCGGGGCCGUUGGAGCCUCUCCCGGGGCCGGAGAAGGGUGUGUGACUGAGAUCAGGGCUCCUAUCAUACUGAGCGUGGCUCUGUUCUGCCAGGCGCUGCGGAGACCCCAACCGCGAUCUGGACCCUGUUCUGCCAGGCACCGAAGAGACCCCAGGCUACAGAAUAACGUCCACGUUUUGCUCCAGAUCAUCCCAUUCUCCCAGGGGGAAGGCAAUGGCUGCAAUGGAGCUGGCUCAGUAGGGUUUCCAGUUUCCAAACCUGAUGUGAUCUCCCAGGUGGAACAAGGGGAAGAGCCGUGGGUUCCAGACCUCCGUGGCUCUGAGAAAGAAGUGCUUCCAAGAGCUGCCUGCACAGGUAGUGACCUGUGUCUGGAUUCUCUCUGUCUCCCAUCAGGUGAUGGGAUGGUGAGUGAGAAUAAGGAGGAGAAACCCCAUCAGGAAGAUGCUGAGCGAAGAGAAGCACAUGGAAUGUUAUCAGGAAUAUCCAAAGAGAAUGUUUCCAGGAGUUGUGCACUCCCAGAAAAACCUAAAGCCUGUGAGACUCAGGGGAGGCCAGAGGGAAACUUUAGUAGCCUCUCAGACCUUAUAACAAGCGGCAGAAUCAACUUGGAAGAGACACACUGCAGGUGCCAUGAGUGUGGGAAAAGCUUUUAUCGGCGCUCACAACUUAUCAGACAUCAGAGAAUCCACACAGGCAAGUUGCCCUACACAUGCACUGAGUGUGGGAAAAGCUUUCGUUGGCGCUCACACCUUAUCGGACAUCAGAGAAUCCACACAGGAGAGACGCCCUACACGUGCACUGAGUGUGGGAAAAGCUUCAAUCAGAGGUCAAACCUUAUCACACAUCGUAGGAUCCACACAGGAGAGACGCCUUACACAUGCACUGAGUGUGGGAAAAGCUUCAGUCAGUGCUCUCCCCUGAACAGACAUCGUAGAAUCCACACAGGAGAAACGCCCUACAUAUGCUCUGAGUGCGGGAAAACCUUCAGUCAGUGCUCUACCCUGAACACACAUCGUAGAAUCCACACAGGAGAGACGCCUUACACAUGCUCUGAGUGCGGGAGAAGCUUUAAUCGGAGCUCACACCUUAUCGGACAUCAGAGAAUCCACACAGGAGAGAAGCCUUACACGUGCACUGAAUGUGGGAAAAGCUUCAUUUGGAGCUCUACCCUGAACACACAUCGUAGAAUCCACACCGGAGAGACGCCCUACACAUGCUCUGUGUGUGGGAAAAGCUUCAGUCAGCGCUCAAACCUUAUCACACAUCAGAGAAUCCACACUGGAGAGACGCCUUACAUGUGCACUUAGUGUGGGAAAAGCUUCAAUCGG